AAAUGUGGAGUUAUGAGUAAAACCACUGAGUGUGUUAUUAAAAAUCAUGAAAAAAUAGUACGUGCUAAUAAUGAAAAACUAAUAUUGUUGUGCAUCACAUGGAUUUAGAAACUCACAAAAAUCUGUAGAUCUAGAACAAAACAAGUUGAGAUAUGAACACUUUUUGCGCGUCACCUAGCGCGAUGCGUCUGUGGUGCAGCGGUCGACUGCGAACCCAGCGGUCGUGAGUUCGAUUCUCGCUGCGACCGCGAAGAUUUUUCUCAAGAAUUCAUAUUACUCUAAUUAGCAGUUUACCAACAUGCGUGGAGCGGCCAAAUAAUAACCUUGCCCUCCCACCCUCUCAAAUUAUAUUAAAAAAAGGACUUUACAUCAAAUAAUCCUGAAAAAAUUCCUGGAAAAAGUACCGCAGAUAAUGUUUGCCGAGAACCAGCAAACAUGUCCAAGCACGAUUUUUUAAAAAAAUUUGUUUUAAUGUUUUAAGGCGCUUUACCUUUAAAACAAGAAAAACACCACACAUUUAAGAAAAGUUUCCAUCAAUUUAAGGCAAUUUACCAUUAAGAUAAUAAAGUCACCAUAAUCUCAAUAAAAACCGCCGGUGAUGCUUAAAAUUUUUUAUCAUAUGUUAAGGGUAUUUACCUUUGAAAACUGAAAAAUCGCCCUAGAUUUAUGAAAAUGCACCCUAGAUCUAAGAAAAAUCGCACUAAAUGUAAGACCAAUACAUGCCUAUUUUUAGAAAAUGUUGCCCUUAUUUUGUUACCCAGUCGCCAUUGACCCCCGUUUUAGGGCGAUUUUCCUUGUUUUUAGGGCGAUUUUACAGUAAAAUUUCUAUGAGUGUAUAAAAAUCAUGUAACACUUUUUUUUUUUUAUAAAAAAUUUAAUUUUUUUGUCUACUGAAAAAGCAUAUCCAAAUAAUCAUGUUAAAUGUGGAGUGCGGUCUAUAAAGGACACAUGAUUAAUGUCACAAUGCUGUACCGUGAUUUCAGUGACGGCCAUCAACGAUCAUGGCCAUCCACGUCCCCCACCAUUUUAAGGCAUUAAAUAACACUCCAACAAUGUUAUUCAAAUAAUUUCAAUGAGCACUUUUCCGAACCACCAUUGAGGUAAUGUUCCUGGCUCGUUUUUUUUUAUAGUGGACACCAUAGGCGUAGUCCACUUUGCAGAUCCGAAUAUAUGUAUGACAAAGAGUGUCCUAAUUAACAACUUAGUUGACAUCAAAGGUAUUCUAUAUGAGAAAUUUUAUGAUGUAUGUUAAAUAUGAAAUCAAAAUAAAUGAAACGAGUAAAAUUUGGCAUGAAAUUAAAAAGAAAUCUUCCAAGGCUUUUUUGUUUUUGUCUCAAGCCUAGAUCUUUGGGACCCACUUUACUUGCACUACGAGAUAAACAAAAUCGAUACAUUUGUAUACAUUUUUUUGACCAAAAUGAUAAACAGUUCGACUAUACAAAUCUACACUUUUCGUAUUGAAUACUUGUACUGCCAAAAUGCUUUAAUCUGACAGCUGGCUGAAUAAAAAAUGUUAGGAAAUUGAGUUUUUUGUUGGUCGAAUGCAUUUGAGUCGCAAUAAUUACAAAAAAGACAGAACGAACGGUUUGGGAAAGAAACCAUAGGAGCAAUAAAUAUAAACUAAAAAGCCGAAGCAAGCUCUCAGAAAAUAUUAAAAAAUGGGUGCCACCAACAGCAAGCCGCAGACUGUGCAGAUGGCAAAUCCGAUGCCAUUUGAGAUUACUCGGGAUGUGGUGCAUAGGAUCGAUCAGGCCACCACCAAAUCCACUACACAGGGGACUACCAUCUGCGAAAAAUGUAGUCAAGGGUCCACAGCAGAAGCGCGUUCCGAUUCUCCCACUACCAUGGAACACAAGCCGAAUGAAGUGCAGGAUAUGCAUCCUGUAAAAGUAGCCAGGUCCUGGAAAAGGCGCUCCCUUGAGGUUGAGGAAACUGAGUUUGGAAAGUCCUUGCAGCGAGUUCAGGACCUCUUUGGAAAGCCCGUGAAAUGGGCCAAGGACUGUGAAGGCGAGAUCGGAAAGUUCGAGGAGGAACUGGUACACUGCUAUCAACGGUAUCCCAACGAACCUCUGCAGUGCUCAAAUUUGGCCAGACAGUAUCAUCGCUUCGUGUUUUCUAGGCAGACCGAUGAAAUUUCCAAAAAGAGGAGUGCCACUGGCUCCGCUGGUCCCAAGUCACCGUCGACUACUAGGAAAGCUGGCAAGAAUAGUAAACCUUCCUAAAUAUACUUUGUUAAUUCCCACAAAGAGACUCUAGCCACACAGUUCAAUCAAUUUCAAUUACUUUCCAUUUCUCGGGAACCACAAGGCUAGAGUUCUCAAUUUUAUCAACUGGCGGAACCUAAAAUAAAAUAAAAUGGUAUUUAC